AUGAGAAGUACUACCAAGUUGGGCAAGAUCGCCUACUAUGAAAUGCUGCCUGAGUACAGCGUUGAUAUCGACGUGGACAUCGACUGGCCUGUCGCUGAGCAGAGAGUUCUGAGGUUUGGCUACUUUGGCCGAGAGGAGAACGCGGCGGUCAGGCUGUUUCUGUGUAAAGUGUCUGGCUGUGUGACGAACGGACAGAUAUUCACAUCGGUUUCAGGCGAGGACCAUGUGGCCAUCAAUGCUCGAGACGUGGCAGGCAUACAGAUGCUGCAGAGAGAAAAUAUAGAGGUGUUCCUCAUAUCCAACGUGAAUGAGCCGCUGUCCAAGGGUCUCCUGGAGAAGGUUGCCCAGUUGACUGGCUGUGGACUCCAGUUUGGAGAGCAGCAGAAUGGGUUUGAGAUGGAGCAGCUGAUGAAGGAGAAGAAACUGUGUUGGGAUGAAGUGGCCUUCAUGGGUUCCGAGUCUGAAGACAGAGAGAUCUUGUCUCAGGUGGGGCUGAACGGCGUCCCGUGUGACUCAGUCGUGGCGGAUCUCAUCGCGGCGAAAUACAUGUGUCAGAGACCCGCCGGAAACGGAGCAGUUCGUGAGUUUGCUGAGUACAUACUGAUGCUGAAGAAAAAGAGCUUGUUGCAGGUGCACCAGGAGCACAUUGACAGGGACAAUUUCUAGAUUCCAGUUCCUAUUUCAUAUUUCUUUUAAACAGUCAGUUUGGGUUGCUGUGAUCACAUGACAUUGAAUCUAACUUAAGUUAAU